CGAAGCAAAGAGCGUUUGUCCCUUUGCAUCAGCACUCUCAGAGGCUUAAAACCAGAGAAGCGAGAAUGCUUGAAAGACAAGGGGAUAAAGUUCCAUUUCCUCCCGUAAAAUUGUGUGGAAAUUAGCGAGUCUUUAGAGACUAAAGCGACUGAAUAAGAAGGGAGGGUUUUGUGGAUGGAGUAUAUCUUUGUAGCGAGGAGAGGAAAGCAUUGUCCUCAGUGGAGUAUGGCACAACGCGAGCCUUCUUUGCAUGGAAAGGAAGCGUCAACUUUAUAUACGUUUCAGCGUGAAGCGUUUUCACUUCGUUAAUGUGGAUUGGACGCGCCCUUGCUAGCGAAAAAGCAAGACAGAAGUGACCAGCUAGGACCGGGACAACACUCGUCUUCAGGUCGCGCAACGUGUACGCGAAAGUACUUUGCAGAUGUUAGAUAAUAACGGUAAUCUUUAUAUAUAUAUAUUUGUAUAGAGAGAGAGAGAGACAGAGACCAUUUGAAUCCAGCAUGCACAACUGUUUGAGGGAUUGAUGUGUAUGAGUGAUUUGUUGUUCUGACUGCGCGAUGGCCCUCAGGUCCAGAAGACCUUUGGUGAGCGUCAUCGUUGGGGUUUUUCUUGGCUUCACAGCCGCAUCGUGGCUGGUUGUGCCCAGAGUUGUGAAGAUCAGUGUGAAGAACAGAAGGUCUUCAGUGUGUACAUACUACAGUAGCGACAGGGCUCAGGCUAAAGUUUCAGGCACCGCCCACAGUACCUCAUCUACCAUUGGCAGACAGAAGCAUCUGCAGCCACUCUUCUCCAGCCAGGAAGGCAGUGAUGAAGGUGAACAGGAGCCUUAUGGGACAGGGAACAGUAGUGGUCCUGUACCUCCUGCUAGAUUCUUGUAUGUGGGGGUCAUGACAGCUCAGAAGUAUCUGGCCUCCAGGGCUGUGGCUGCCUACAGGACAUGGGCCUCCAACAUCCCUGGGCGGGUUGAGUUCUUCUCCAGUGAGGGCUCUGAGAAGGUCUCCCUGCCAAUUCCAAUGCCUGUCAUUCCUCUGGCAGGUGUCGAUGAUUCAUACCCUCCGCAGAAGAAAUCUUUCAUGAUGCUGAAGUACAUGCAUGACCAUUAUUUGGAUAAAUACGAGUGGUUUAUGCGGGCUGAUGAUGAUGUCUACAUUAGAGGUGAAUAAUAGGGGUAUGAUUUAAAAGGGGACAUUGUUGAAAUAUUCUGAUGAAUAGUAGACCUUGAAAAAUAAUUAUAUGACCAGCAGCUUUUGAAAUAUUGGCAAUAAGUUAAACUGCCUUUUCCUUCAAAAUUUGAGAAAGUACAAAGUUUUGGAAGCCUGUUGAAGGACCAUAAAAAUGUUUUGAUUUUUUUUUUUUUUUUUGCUUUAUGAAUUUUAUGAAUGCGUUUGAAUUGUGCAUGUUAUUUUAAUGAAAGUUGAGCUUCCACAAUUUACUUAUUAGUCAAGUCAAGUUAAGUCACCUUUAUUUAUAUAGCGCAUAAAACAAAAUACACUGUGUCAAAGCAAUUGAACAACAUUCAUUAGAAGAACAGUGUGUCAAUAAUGCAAAAUGAUUGUUAAAGGCAGUUCAUCAUUGAAUUCAGUGAUGUCAUCUCUGUUCAGUUAAAUAGUGUCUGUGCAUUUAUUUGCAAUCAAGUCAAAGAUAUCGCUGUAGAUGAAGUGACCCCAACUAAGCAAGCCAGAGGCGACAGCAGCAAGGAACCGAAACUCCAUCGGUAACAAUGCAACUGAACAGUAUUAAGUAGUAAUAUAAAAUGUGUCAAUAAAGCAAAAAGGCAGUUCAUCAUUGAAUUCAAUUAUAUCAUCACCAGCUCAGUUCAGUUUAAAUAGUAUCUGUGCAAUCAGGUCAAUUAAAAUGUGUGUCCCCAACUAAGCAAGCCAAUGACAGCAAGCAUCCAAACAUUUUACAAUAGUUUUUUUUUUGGUUAUUCUCGUUUGAUUCAGUAGCCUAACAGUAAACUUUAUGACUCUAAACACUUAAUUUAAAUACCGGUAAAUAUUUUAUAUAUGUGUAAUGACCCUAGUAAAAAACAUAAUUGAUUCAAAAUACAUUUAUUUCAUACUAAGUAUACUUCAAAUCUAUUAACAUAUUUAUUGACAUAUUUUAUUUGGAGUAUUUUGUCAUCGCAUAGUGCACAUAGUGGCUCAGUGGUAGAGCAUUGCAUUAGCAGUGCAAAAGGUUGUGGGUUCAAUUCCCGGGGAACACACAUGGUUAAAAAAAAUGCAUAGCCUGAAUGCCCUGUAAGUUGCUUUUAAGUGUCUGCCAAAUGCAUAAAUGUAAUGUAAAUAUAGUUAUAUAGUCCACAAUCAAAUAUACCAGCAGUUAUAUAGUUGGAUUUUAGUACUACUUUAGCACUAUUAAAUUUAAUCAUUUAUUUGUUCCAAUUUAGCAGACUUUAAGUAUAUCAAAUUACUGUACAAAAAAGUACAAUUGCAGGCUAUUUUUAUUAAAGCAACACUAUGGCUGUGUUCGAAAUGGCUUACUGCCCAGUACACAGUGUAUACUGGCUAAAAUUUUUAAAGAAUAGUCUGUGAAACAGUAUACACUAAGCAACAAAUGUUUCAGAGUUGUGUGCUAAUGUGUUGUCACAUGACAUGAGUUUGUUACCUCACAAGUAAAUGUACUAACCAUUUUUUUUUUACAAAUACUUUAAUUAAGCAUUUAAUUAAAUACUACAUAAUUAUUAAAUAAAUAUUUAAUUAUUACAUAAUAGUAAACAAUGCUAUAUUUUCCAAUUGAACUCAUUACAUAAUUAAUGGACUUUAAAUACUGAGCAGAACUAAUAAUAAUUGUGUAAAUAGUAGGUAGGUGGUCAAUAUUUAUAUUUCAGUACUGUAGUACAUUAUAAAACAGUAUGCAAUAACAUAGUGUGUUUAAAUUAUCAUACUUUAAAAUAUCAUUAAAUGAAUGCAAAAUUAUUGGGACAAUUUAAUCUCCCUAUACCCAUACUGC